GGUUCGUACCUUAAAGAAGUAUCAAACAUCUACAAACAAGGAAGGUACGAUUAUGUUAGGACGUAGGAAGGAUAUACGUGAUUACUCAAAAUCACAUGAAAGACUAUUGAUUAAACGGGCAGCUUCAAAGACAAUUACAGCAGAACUUCGUAGAAAUAGACGAGUCGCAGUAAAAUAUAAUACAGUAUUGGAAAAUGUUGAAACUAUUGUUCAUAAAUUUUUUCGAGAUAGUGGAUUAUCGACUUCAAUAAUACAAAGUAAUAAUUUUGAUAGAAAGCAAUAUUCAUUGACGACACUGCAAACUACACAUGCUACAUGUAAUAAGUCCAGUGAAGAUAUAAAUUUCCUUACAACGAGACGUGCAUUUCUUCUGUCGGAUAUACAGUCUGAUGAUGAUCCAGAAAAUUCUGAGGAAUCCUGUAAUGAGGAUGAAAACGCUGAAAAUGAUAUUUGUCGUGACAUUGCUCUUUGGGCAGUACAUGAUGGUAUUACUCAUGCUUCUUUGGAACGUUUAUUACAACUCUUGAGAAAAUCGAAUAGAUAUCCACAAUUACCAGCAAAAGCCAAUGCAUUAUUGGGGAAUCCUACAAAUGGUCUUAUUAGAUCUGUUGAACCAGGUUAUUAUUGGCACAACGAUUUGAAAACAUGCUUAGAAAAAUUAUCUGAAGAAAUUUGCUCGGAUGAAACUUUGAAAACUCUACUUUUGUCUAUCAAUAUUGACGGAAUACCAUUAUUCAAAUCAUCUGGUAGUUCUCUGUAUACUAUUUUGGGUUCAUUUCCUUGUUCACAAAUAUUUUUAAUCGGAUGUUACCAUGGGCAUAAAAAACUUCAAGAUUUUAACGAUUUCUUAAAAGACUUUGUGGAUGAAACAAUAGAUUUAAUUACAACCGGCUAUAAUUGCCGAGGAAAGAUAUAUAAUAUUAAGAUUCAUAAGUUAUUUGUGACAUUCCAGCGAAAGCAACUGUCCUAAAUAUCAUGUCGCAUACUGGUUACUACAGUUGCACAAAGUGUAUUGUAAAAGAAGCUAACAAGCUGAAUCGUAUUUACUUUACGAAUACACAAGCGACUUUAAGAUCGGACAGAGAUUUCUUGAUGCAAACUCAAGUGGAGCAUCAUAAAGGCAUUUCGCUGUUAACAUUGAUUCCACAUUUUGGCCCAAUUUUUAAUGUGCCUCUUGACUACAUGCAUUUAAUAUGCCUAGGAGUUAUGCGGAAAAUGUUACUACUUUGGCUUUUCGGAAGAAAUCAUUUGAGACGAGCUGCUAUCGACAUUAUUUCUGAUCUGCUACUUAAAGUAGUUAAGUCUUGUAUACCUAAAGAGUUUUGCAGAAAAUCCCGUUCCUUGGAAUAUAUUAAAUUCUGGAAAGCGACAGAAUUCAGGCAAUUUUUAUUAUAUACUGGACCUUUUGUUUUGGCUGAUAUUUUGCCUGAAAAAUAAUACAUAAACUUUUGCGUUUUGCACGUUUUGCACGUAGCUAUAAGAAUCUUAUGUUCGUCACAACUACUAUCACAUUACUAUGAUUAUGCCAAUCAGCUGUUAAAAUAUUUUGUUCGAGAUUUCGAAACGAUAUAUGGAGAUUACUUAGUAUCAUACAACGUGCAUGGUUUGAUACAUCUGGCUGCAGAUGCUGAAAUCUUUGGCGUUUUGGAUAAUUUCAGUGCCUUUCAAUUUGAAAAUUAUUUACAACAACUGAAACAAUUAAUUAGAAAAGCCUCACAGCCAUUACAGCAGCUAUGCAGACGGUAUCAGGAGAUUGAUUAUGUCCGCCAAGUUGGAGUUCAAAAAAAGAUUGAAAGAAAACUAAAAUUUCCAUUUGUCGUAACAAACCCACAUACAAAAUAUUCAAGUGAGGGGUUUUUGAUGGCAAUAAUUAAUGGAGUGACAUACAAAGGGAGAGACAAUGCAAAUGGCUAUUGUCAAUUAAUAGAUGGUACUGUAGUACAAAUUGAAUAUUUUGCUCGCGACAUUCAUAAUGAUAUAUACAUCAUUGGCAAAUACUUUAGAAACAAAGAAGAAUUUUUGCCUAUCCCAGAAGCUGCUGAUAUUAUUAAUGUAUACAUCUUUUCUAAUAUCUCCGAACUUCAAUGCUGGUCCGAACUUCAAAUCAUGGUUUGUGCCUAAUUCUUU